UUAUUGCAACUUCGUCCGUAGCUGUGAAAAGAACGAAAGGGUCAAACCCUAAUUCAUCCAUCACUCCUGAUUAGGCUCACCAACAAGAGUGAAGGAGAUGCAACUAUAUUCUCCGGUCCGGUAAAUUGUUUCUUUCUUUGAGUUUUUAUUUCAUUCAAAAAAAAGAAUUCUUUUCGUUAAUUGUUAAUAGAGGGAGAUGAGAAGGUCGUAGUGGCUGUGUAUAGAGCGGAGGUUUGUGGUUUGGCGAGGAAAUAGUCGUACAGUGAGUGGCCGGAUUGAAUUCUCUGGACUGUGUUGUCGCCGGAAGGCUUGGGGGAGCGAGGCUGGGUUAGAUUUGGCUUUGUUUUUUUCUUCUAGUUUGGGGAAGAGGAGGAGGCGGAGAAGGAUAGAGGCGGUUGCGCUGUAUUCCAGCUGCAAGAAUAAUGGACCAUUAUGUAAACAAUCCUGGACCAAUUGAUGAUUCUGUAUUGUAUGACCAGGAUAAGCAUGUAUCAUGUGCAGUUUGGGAGGGGCAGGAGCGUGGUGCUCUUAGAUGCCAUGAACACACUUCAAAGCUUGACAGGUGGAUGCUCACUGAAAAACAGAUAGAAUUGGUAAAAAAGGCUGGAUUUGGCCUCUUAAGAUUGAUACCAGCAAUUAGUUUGGACAAUCCACUUAUAUCUGCUCUGGUGGAGAGAUGGAGGAGAGAAACAAACACAUUCCAUCUCACUGUUGGGGAGAUGACAGUGACACUUGAGGAUGUUGCUUACUUGCUUGGGCUACCAGUUGAUGGUGAGCCUGUUAUAGGUGUGACUUAUACUUCGUGUGAAGCAGUGUGCCUCAAGUAUUUGGGUAAAGCACCCAACUCUGGCUACACAAGUGGUGGCAUGGUUAAGCUUAGUUGGUUGAAAGAGACAUUCUCUUUCUGCCCUGCAGAUGCAUCACUAGAAGAUAUUGAGCACCAUACGCGUGCUUACCUUCUUUAUCUUGUUGGUAGUACAAUUUUCUCAACUACCACUGGAAAUAAGGUACCUGUCAUGUACCUUCCCUUGUUUGAAAAUUUUGAUGAGGCUGGCAAGUAUGCCUGGGGUGCAGCAGCGUUGUCCUUCUUGUACAGAGCGCUUGGGAAUGCCUCUCUUAGGUCACAGAGCACAAUUAGUGGCUGUUUGACAUUACUACAGUGCUGGAGUUACUAUCACCUGAAUGUUGGUCGGCCAAAGCUUAAUCAUGACCCAAUCCAUGAAUGUUUUCCAUUUGUACUUAGGUGGAAAGGAAAACAAAGCAGCCCAACAUCAAACCGUGAUGUAGCGUUCUAUCGGAAAUCAUUGGACUUGCUAAAGCCAUCUGAUGUUGACUGGUGUCCUUACUCAAACAUAAGUCACACAGUUGUACCAGAAAAUAUUUUGAAUACUCUCAUUCUUGGAAGAUCAAAGACAAUGUUGAUAUGCUUUGAUAAGGCAGAAAGGCACCUUCCAGAUCGUGUCCUAAGGCAGUUUGGCAUGAACCAGACAAUCCCUCAAGAGGUACAAAGAUGGGAAAGGAAGAGUCGUGGAGUAGAUGGUGGGGUAGACCUCUCAGCAAAGAUGGAAUCAGAGCUUAAUGAAUGGUCAAAUCGUCAUCUCCAUGUUGUGGAGGCAGAGGAAUAUGUAAAGGAAAGUGCAUAUAUGCAAUGGUAUUGGAAUAUUACACGCAGGUUGGUAGGGAGGCCUAUACCCAUCUCAUCUGAGUUUCAAAGAAUGAAUGCUGCCCUAAGGGAUAUUGCACACCUGGCAGACACCCUUUCUACUCAUGGGAUGGAUGACCAACAGAUUCAAGUUGUCACAAGAAUCCGGGAUACUGCUCAUGAGUGCUUGAGAGACCAGGUUGGAAGUUCAUUAGUAAUUGUAGCCAACUCGCCAAAUGAAGUUGGAAAACGGGGAAGAGGAAAGGAGAGAAUAAGAAGGAAAGGCAUGUCCAAGCGUAAACGAAGAGAGGAGGUAGAGCAAUACUAUGCAGCAGAUGGAAUGAACCCACAGUCAUAUUUUUCAGCUACAGUCAUCGAAGCUGAUCAUGCACACCUAUACCCUGCAGGCAGUGAGGUUGAUGACCCUCAUUUGUAUAUCACAGCUAAUGAAGGCGAUGAUGGUGAAAUGGGUGAUGUGGGUGGUGGUCACAGGGUUGAUGAUGUGGAGAUAUGCAAUGAAGGCGACGACAUUAAUGAUUCAAGUUUUCAUCAUGCAGCUGAGGAGGAAGAUGAUGAACUUGCGCAUGGAAUAGCAGAUGCAGAUGGAGGCUCGCACGGGAAUGGUUCCAUUGAGAUUGUUUCACAGACUCUUCCAAGUAGCAAGGAUGUUGUGCAUCCAAAUGACUGCAGUGUCAUAAUUUAGUCAUUCAAUCUUUCUUUUGUAGAGGAGGAUAUGUUUUGUCAGAUAUGGCACAAUAGCCCAAUGCUUUACAUAAAGAUCUUGCCAUUAAAUUCCUAUUUAGGAUGAUGUUAUUGUAGAGGCAAUCUGGGCCGACCAUGAUUAGGAGGAACUGGACUCAUUCUAGGAAGUUUCCAACUGGCUUCCUUCUCGUGUGAUGCUGCUUGCUGUGAAUAGUUAGUUAAAAGCCAGAAAGGUGCGAUAACUUGCUACCCGGAGGUUUCUCUCACCCCCCCCCACCCCCUUUUAUUUUUUUUUAUUGAAGACCAGAAAAAGAAAAAAGAAAAAGAUAUGCCUGUAAUUUUUAUUUCAGAAGAUUGUAAUUUAAAUAGUUCCGGUUAAUCUUU